AUGGCUGAGAAAACUCCCAAUAAUCAACCCAAUGCCAAUGCUGGGAACGAUGAAUCCUCCAGUCGCAGCCAAACACCAGCGAGCGACACGGAGACCAGGGGCAAUACAGCAAAAUCAGACCCGGAAAAGAUAUCUGACAAGACAUUAGAGAACGACAGUGAAGAACGUGUCGACCUCCAGAAGCUGGAUUCCAAGGUCAUCAAACCCCAGGAUGAGAAGAAGGCCGACCCAUACGUGGGCAUGGCCCCAGAGCAGGCCGCCAUUCUGAGGCGACAAGUCGAGACCCCAGAUGUGAAGGUCGGCCUGCGCACGCUGUAUCGGUACGCAACAAGAGUCGACCUCAUUCUUCUCGUCAUCGGCUCCAUCUGCGCAAUCGCCUCCGGUGCCAUCCUCCCCGUCAUGACCGUCAUCUUCGGUAGCUUGCAAGGGACCUUUGCCGGCUUCUUCAACGGCACCAAGACCUACGACGAGUUCAUGAGUGGCAUGACAGACCUGGUCCUCAUCUUCGUCUACCUGGGCAUCGGCGAGUUCGUCACCACCUACGUAGCCACCGUUGUAUACAUCUAUACCGGUGAGCACAUCGCUGGCAAGAUCCGUGAGCACUAUCUCGAGAGCUGCCUGAAGCAGAACAUCGGCUUCUUCGACAAUCUUGGGUCUGGUGAGGUCGUUACCCGCAUCACAGCCGACACAAACCUGAUCCAGGACGGUAUUAGCGAGAAGAUCUCCCUGACCCUUGCCGCCCUGGCUUCCUUCUUCGCGGCCUUCAUCAUCGGAUUCGUCAUGUACUGGAAACUGACACUGAUCCUCUUUUCCGUUGUUGUGGCAAUUGUUUGUAUUAUGGGUGCUGGCGCGCAGUUCAUCGUCAAGUACAGCAAGAAGAACAUCAACUCAUACGCACUCGGGGGUACCGUGGCUGAAGAGACUCUCAGCUCCGUCCGCAACGCCGUGGCCUUUGGGACACAAGACAGGCUGGCCAAGCUUUAUGACGGUCAUCUGAUCAAAGCCGAAUUCUUCGGUGUUAGGCUCAAGAGCGCCAUCGCUAUCAUGAUUGGUUUCCUCAUGCUCGUGAUGAACUGGAGCUAUGGUCUGGCCUUCUGGAUGGGCUCCAGGUUUUUGGUUGACGGCGUCAUUCCCCUGCAGAAAGUCCUGACGAUCGCCAUGGCCGUCAUGAUUGGCUCAUUUGCCUUGGGCAACGUCACGCCUAAUGUACAAGCUUUCACGACCGCCCUUGGUGCCGCAGCAAAGAUUUUCAAUACCAUUGACCGUGCUUCCGCUCUGGACAGCUCCUCCACCGAGGGAGAGAAGCUCGAGAAGGUGGAUGGCAGCAUCAGGCUCGAGAACGUCAAGAUGAUUUAUCCAUCCCGGCCCGAUGUCGUGGUCAUGGACGACGUGACCCUCGAGAUACCCGCUGGCAAGACGACUGCCCUCGUGGGAGCAUCAGGCUCUGGUAAAUCAACAAUUGUAGGUCUGAUCGAACGCUUUUACACCCCGGUCCAGGGAAAGGUGUUUCUGGAUGGCCACGACACAUCGACCCUCAACCUGCGUUGGCUGCGUCAACAGAUCGCUUUGGUGUCCCAAGAGCCGACGCUGUUUGGCACUACCAUCUACGAGAAUAUUCGCCAUGGCUUAGUCGGCACCAAGCAUGAGCACGAAAGCCCUGAGAAGCAGAAGGAGCUCAUCGAGGCUGCUGCUGUUAAGGCGUACGCUCAUGACUUUAUCACCGCCCUGCCGGAGGGAUACCAGACGAACGUUGGCGAGCGUGGCUUCCUGCUUUCGGGUGGGCAAAAACAAAGGAUCGCGAUCUCACGAGCUAUUGUAUCAGACCCCAAGAUAUUGCUUCUGGAUGAGGCAACAUCAGCUUUGGAUUCUCGCAGUGAGGGUGUUGUGCAAGCGGCACUGGAACAGGCUGCCGAGGGACGAACCACCAUUGCCAUUGCUCACCGUCUGUCCACUAUCAGGGAUGCUCAUAACAUCGUCGUUAUGAGCCAGGGGCGCAUAGUCGAGCAGGGUAACCACAAUGAGCUACUUGCAAGGCAGGGUGCAUAUUAUAAUCUGGUUACCGCACAGGAAAUCGCAAAGGUCGACGAGACCGAUGAUGAAGACGGAUCCUCGGAGCAGGAGAAUGGUAUUCACAAGAAGGAAUCGAAUGGAGAGACCGUCACCGCCGUCGAGGGUGAAGGUUUUGAAGCUGAUCCCGAAGAUGCAAACAUCGCUCAGAGAUUGAACCGUCAGGCUACAUCCAAGUCUCUCUCGAGCAUUGCUCUCCAAGGACGCAAGCCCGAAGAGCACAAACAAUACUCCGUGUGGACACUCAUCAAGACGAUUGCGUCCUUCAACAAGGAAGAGUGGAAACUCAUGGUUGUCGGCCUCAUUUUCGCCGCGCUCUCUGGCGGUGGUAACCCGACGAUGUCUUUCAUCUUUGCUAAUGUCAUCACCGACUUGAGCGUGCCCGUCACACCCCAAACCAUCCCGGGAAUAAGGUCGGAUGCUAGUUUCUGGUGCUUGAUGUACCUAAUGCUGGGCUUGGCCAUGCUCAUCUGUUUCGCGGUUCAGGGCGUCAUUUUUGCCAUUGGGUCCGAGAGGAUGAUCCACAGGGCUCGCGACAGGGCUUUCCGAACAAUGCUUCGCCAGGACGUCGAGUUCUUUGACCGCGACGAGAACACUGCUGGUGCCCUCACUUCGUUCCUUAGUACGGAGACGACACACAUGGCAGGGCUCAGCGGCGCUACCCUCGGCACCAUCCUCAUGACCGUCUCGACACUUGUCACCUGCAUCGUUGUCGCACUCGCCAUUGGCUGGAAGCUGGCCCUCGUUUGUAUCUCAACGGUUCCCGUUCUGCUUGCCUGCGGUUUCCUCCGUGUUUGGAUGCUGUCAAGGUUCCAGACUCGAUCCAAACAGGCCUACGCCUCGUCCGCCAGCUACGCCUCCGAGGCUGUCACGGCCAUUCGAACUGUCGCGUCGCUGACCCGUGAGGAAGAUGUGCUUGCCAAGUAUCGCGAGAGUAUCGCUAGCCAGCUGAAGGUCAGCACGAAGUCGGUGCUGAGGUCAUCAUCCCUGUACGCUGCCAGCCAGUCGUUCAUGUUCCUGUGUUUCGCUCUUGGGUUCUGGUACGGUGGAACCCUCAUCGCUAAGCGCGAGUACGGCCUCUUCACGUUCUUCCUAGUCUUCUCACAGGUCAUCUUCGGUGCGCAAUCUGCAGGUACCAUCUUCUCAUUCGCUCCGGACAUGGGCAAGGCUCAGCACGCUACUGGCGAGCUGAAGAAGCUCGCGGACCGGAAGCCCCAGAUCGAUACUUGGUCCAACGAUGGCGACAGGGUGUCCCGAACGGAGAAGGACAGCAUUCAGGGCACCAUCGAGUUCCGUGACGUCCACUUCAGGUAUCCCACCCGGUCCGACGUGCCUGUCCUCAGGGGUCUGAACCUCCAGGUCCAGCCAGGUCAGUACAUCGCGCUCGUGGGUCCCAGCGGGUGUGGCAAGAGCACCACCAUCGCCCUCCUGGAGCGCUUCUACAACCCCCUCGCGGGCGGCAUCUUCGUCGACGGGCGCGAGAUCUCGUCCCUGAACGUCAACGACUACCGGAGCUUCAUCGCGCUGGUCAGCCAGGAGCCGACGCUGUACGCGGGCACGAUCCGCGAGAACAUCCUGCUGGGCGCGACGGACCCGGACACGAUCACGGACGCGCAGGUCGAGGCGGUGUGCCGCGAGGCCAACAUCUACGAGUUCGUCAUGUCGCUGCCCGACGGCUUCAACACGCUGGUCGGGUCCAAGGGCACGCUGCUGUCGGGCGGUCAGAAGCAGCGCCUGGCCAUCGCGCGCGCGCUCAUCCGCGACCCCAAGAUCCUGCUGCUCGACGAGGCCACGUCGGCGCUCGACUCGGAGUCGGAGCACGUCGUGCAGGCCGCGCUCGACCGCGCCGCCAAGGGCCGCACCACCAUCGCCGUCGCCCACAGGCUGUCGACGAUCGCCAAGGCCGAUUGCAUCUAUGUGUUCGAGAAGGGCGUCGUCGUCGAGGAGGGCAACCACCAGGACCUCAUGCGCGCCAACGGGAGGUACGCCGAGCUGGUGCGGCUGCAGAGCUUGGAGAAGAGCUAA